GCCGUUUGUGGAGGGACACGCCACUGCCAGGCCGUGGGCAACAUCACUGAUGGGAUUCCCAGGAGUUGCUCGACGGAGAAACCGAGAGGGGUGGACUCGUUGUAAAUAAUUAAAUAUCCAUCCGCUGCUAAAAAUAUUUGAAACAUGCAUCUACAUCAGGUGCUGACGGGAGCUGUGAACCCCGGGGAUUGCUGCUACUCGGUGGGAAGCGUGAAUGACGUUCCGUUUACGGCCUAUGGCUCAGGCUGUGAUAUAGUGAUCCUGGCCAGCGACUUUGAGUGUGUACAGAUUAUCCCAGGAGCUCAGCAUGGAAACAUACAGGUGGGCUGUGUGGAGUGCUCCCACCAACUUGGCAGGAUUGCCGCGUCCUACGGGAACACAGUCUGCAUCUUUGAACCCAUCGCUACCAACCCAAACAAACGACACAAGCAGCUUAACUAUCAGUGGCAAAAGACAGGACAGUUCUUCCUUGAUGCCAUCACCUACAACCUGGCCUGGGACCCACAAGGGAAUCGUAUUCUAGCAGCAACUGAGCGCCUCCAGCUGUGGGCCCCGCCGUUGACCGAUGCCCUGAUAGAGGAGGAAGAUGGUCAGACCACAGAUGACAAACCCCACCCUGUCCUCAAUGACUGGAAGUGUGUCUGGCAAUGCAAGACCGCUGCGUCCAUUCACAUAGCCAAGUGGUCUCCUGAUGGGGAGUAUUUUGCAACUGUUGGGAAGGAUGACUGCCUGCUCAAGGUGUGGUAUCCCAGCAUAGCCUGGCGUUCUGCUGUGGUGGUCCAGGACCCUUCUGAUAAGAAGCCCCCACCUGUUCACUUCUCAUUUGUUUACCUCGCUCACCCUCGUUCAGUCACUGGCAUGUCCUGGAGGAAGACCAGCAAGUAUAUGCCCAAGGGUUCAGUGUGCAACGUGUUGCUGACAUCCUGCGAUGAUGGCGUGUGCAGGCUGUGGUCAGAGACCCUUCUUCCAGAGGACAGCCUGCUGGGGGGGCAGAUCUCUGAGAACACACACACCUUCAGCUCCAGCCUGCCUGGUCUGGGGGGCAAUAAGGACAAGAUACAGCAUGCACUGGAGUCGAUCCAUCACCUGAAGCAUCUGCGCCGGGGCAGACGAAGGUCCUCUGCUCUUGUGGCUCACACUGAGCUACUUCCCUCUCAGCUGGGCACACAGGACACACACACUCACCGCCACAUUGCUCACCAUGCCAACGCCCUGUGUCACUUCCACAUCUCUGCCAGUAUUAACCCCAGCACAGACAUCCCAUCCAUGCUGGCUGACUCUGCAGUGUUCAGCCCAGAGGAUAGCACUGGCGGGGGAGGUUUUGUGGUCCACUGGCUCAACAACAAGGACCUUAGCUUUACUUCCUCCAUGGAUCUCUUCAUGCUGCAGCUCCGUAAGUUUUCUGAACAGCAGUUGGAACAGACUACUGAUGACCCCCUGGAACCAGAAAGCUCUCCCAUGAAGUUUGACUUUGAUCUGGACGAGAUGUCCGACAAGACAUCCUCUGAACAUGGUGAAGAGGGUGAACCUGGAGAGCAGGGAAGUACAAAGGCUUCAUCACCAGGCUCAAGUUCCAGCAUGCCACUACCCUCCAUGCUACUUGAGAGGAAGAUGGAAACAUUGACCAUAGAGUGGAACAAGAGCCCGGACAUGCUGUUUACCAUCCACCCCGCUGAUGGCUCUUUUCUAGUUUGGCACAUUAAGUACCUGGAUGAGUUUAUCCAAGGCAUCUUCAGACAGGUCCAGGUGUCUUUCUCUUCUCGAAUUCCAGUGGCAUUUCCUACAGGCGACGCCAACUCAUUGAGUAAAAACAUCUUGAUGUAUGCCUGCACUGUGACUGAGGGUGAGAGCCCAGGGGCAGCAGAGCAGGGCAGGCGAGCCCACCGUGUACCCCGCUCUGCCUCAGCUUUGGCUGGCCUAGGACCACCUGCCCUGGGGCCCUCCCUCACUCCUCGCCCUGGGAUUGGCCCUGCUGUAAUGAUGAUCUCUAAACACGUUGAUGGAUCUCUCAACCAGUGGGCAGUGACCUUCGCUGAGCGCUCUGCCUUCUCCAAUGUUCUGACUGUGUCUCACAAGUUCCGCUACUGUGGCCACCGCUUUCAUCUGAAUGAUCAAGCAUGCCACACGGUGCUGCCACUGCUGCUGACCUCCUCACAUCACAAUGCCCUGCUCACCCCUCCCUCAGCUCCUGGCAGUCUGGAUGGGGAGCAGCCCCCUUCCCUACCCCUACCCAAAGGACAAGCCAGGAAGCAACUUCGUAAUGCAGCUACAAGGACAUUCCACGACCCUAAUGCCAUCUACAGCGAGCUGAUCCUGUGGAGGGUGGACCAUAUUGGACCCCUGUCCUGCACUGGGGGGGUCUCUGAGUUGGCCCGCAUCAACUCGCUGCACACCUCUGCCUUCAGCAAUGUUGCCUGGUUGCCCACACUUGUGCCCAGCUCUGUACUUGGAACCUACUGUAAUAGUGCCAGCGCUUGCUUUGUAGCAUCAGAUGGUAAAAACCUGCGUCUCUACCAAGCUGUAGUUGAUGCCAGGAAACUACUAGAUGAGCUGUCAGACCCUGAAACAUCUAAAUUGGUUGGCGAGGUGUUCAAUAUUGUAAGUCAGCAGUCCACUGCCAGGCCAGGAUGUAUCAUAGAGUUGGAUGUCAUCACCAACCAGUGUGGCUCUAACACCCAGCUGCUGCAUGUGUUCCAAGAGAACUUCAUUCUAGGCUAUAAGCCACAGGAAGAGCCAGAGAUGUACGCAUCUAACUUUCCCUCCACUGAGGAAUACCACCCUCCCCCAUUCUCUGAGAAGUUCUUCUUGGUGGUGAUAGAGAAGGAUCUCAACAGGAAUUCUGUCCUGCAGAUGUGGCAUCUGCACCUCAAGUCUGUCCAAGCCUGCAUGGAUGACCCCGUUCCAGACUACAGCCUCCAGAGCCAGUUGAUGGUUCCCAAUCAAGCCAUAAAUCCUGAAUCCUCCCCGGAGACCUCCCCAGUGAGUCCCUUGCCCCGCUCAGCCUCCACAGCCAACCUUCAGUCAGCCAGCAAGUUGAUCCUCAGCUCCAAGCUGGUGUACAGCAAGCGGCUGGACCUGCCCCAUGGAGUGGAGGUCACCCGGGCCACUCCCUCUGCUGGCCAUCUGAGUUCUUCCUCCAUCUAUCCAGUGUGCCUGGCUCCCUAUCUGAUUGUCACCACCUGCUCUGACUCCCGUGUGCGGUUCUGGCGCUGCGCUGUGGAGGGCGAGGAGGGGGAUGGCGAGGAGUGGCAUGAAAAGCAUGUUUACCGCUGGGAGCCCUGGCCCCUGCUUAAUGAGGAGGAUGAUAACAAUAGCACUGUGUGUGUGUCGGGACGUCCUGUAGCAGUGUCCUGCUCUUAUACUGGCCGGCUGGCAGUGGCCUUCAAACAGCCACGACAGGGACAGCCCCAAGGUACUGGAGGUGACUUUUCCAUGCACGUGUCCAUCUAUGAGUGUGAGUCUACUGGGGGCUCAGAAUGGGUGUUAGAGCAGACUCUCCACUUGGAUGACUUUACCAGACCCUCUUCAACCUUGGACCCUCGAGUCAGUGUUGACUCCAACCUCUUUGUCUACAGCAGAAAUGACCUGUAUAUGUGCAGAGAUCACAGCUCCCCCAAUAUCAAGCACUAUGUUCACCUGGACUGGCUCUCUAAGGAGGAUGGAUCCCACAUCCUCACUGUUGGGGUUGGAUCCAACAUCCUCAUGUAUGGGCGCAUCUCUGGCAUGGUCAAUGAGCAGACCAGCAGCAAGGAGGGGGUAGCUCUCAUCACCCUUCCCCUAGGGGGCAGCAUCAAACAGGGCAUCCGCUCUCGCUGGAUACUGCUCAGGUCUGUGAACCUGGUGUCUUCCGUAGAUGGCACGCCGUCGCUGCCUGUCUCACUUUCCUGGGUGAGGGAUGGCAUCCUGGUUGUGGGCAUGGACUGUGAGAUGCAUGUGUAUGCUCAAUGGCAUCAGGACAGAAAGCCCGGGGAGGCAGAAGACGGCAGCUUGUCUUCAGUCGACAAUAUAUCUAUGGGCCAGACUGGAGGCACCUCUUCAGUGUUUGAAGGGAGACCCAGGUCAAAAAGUGUGUUUGAAGGGAGUGCUGGUGUAGACGAGGCCCUUCGUGCCCCAGCAGGACUGCAGGAUGGAGGGCUAUUUGAGGCGGCUCACUCCCUGUCUCCAACUCUUCCUCAGUACCAUCCCACCCAGUUGCUAGAACUGAUGGAUCUGGGAAAGGUUCGGCGUGCUAAGGCUAUCCUGUCCCACUUGGUAAAGUGUAUUGCUGGGGAGGUAGCCAUUGUCAGGGAUGUGGAAGCAGGUGAGGGCGGAACCAGGAGGCACCUGUCCAGAACCAUCAGUGUGACUGGCAGCACAGCCAAGGAUACCAUCGUGGCAGGUCGCGAUGGAGGCAGGGACUACACAGAGAUCAACUCAAUCCCUCCCCUGCCCCUCUAUGCCCUGCUGUCUGCUGACCUGGACACUUCAUAUAAGGGAGGGGAGGAGGCCGCCAAGGGAGCCAAAGCAGCCGAGGGCGAAGGGGGCCAGAAGAGUGCAGAGGACCAGUAUGCAGACCUCUUUCAGGUGCAGGCUGUGACCACAGACGACUUUGUUAGCUUUGCUACUGAGAAACCGGAGAAGAAGUCACGAGUCAUCAACCUCUCUCAAUAUGGCCCCACCUACUUUGGACCAGAACAUGCACAGGUUUUAUCUAGUCACUUGAUGCACUCCAGCCUGCCAGGGCUGACCAGAUUGGAACAAAUGUUCCUCGUGGCUCUGGCUGAUACUGUGGCAACUACCAGUUCUGAGGUCACCAGCUCCACCGACCAAAAGUACACAGGUGGUGAGACUCUAGAUGAGUGUGGCCUGAGGUACCUGUUGGCCAUGCGUCUCCACACCUGUCUGCUCACCUCCUUGCCCCCCCUCUACCGCAUGCAGCUGCUCCACCAAGGCCUGUCAACAUGCCACUUUGCUUGGGCCUUCCACUCUGAGGCAGAGGAGGAGAUGCUUAACAUGAUUCCAGCCAUGCAAAGAGGGGACCCUCAGUGGUCUGAGCUGAGGGCUGUAGGGGUGGGCUGGUGGAUACGCAACAUCAACACACUGCGCAAGAUGGUGGAAAAGAUAGGUAAAGCUGCAUUCCAGAGAAACAAUGACCCGCUGGAUGCUGCUCUGUUCUACUUGGCCAUGAAGAAGAAGGCUGUCCUCUGGGGCCUUUUCCGGUCCCAGCACGAUGAGAAAAUGACUCAGUUUUUCAAGAAUAAUUUCACUGAAGAUCGAUGGCGAAAGGCAGCUCUAAAAAAUGCUUUCUCCCUGCUGGGCAAGCAGCGCUUUGAACAGUCUGCCGCCUUCUUUCUUCUAGCGGGAUCACUCAAAGAUGCCAUAGAGGUGUUGUUAGAGAAGAUGGAGGACCUCCAGCUAGCCAUGAUAGUAGCCAGGCUGUAUGAGGCUGACUUCGAGAGCUCAUCCACCUGCCAGGGCCUGCUUUAUGAGAAGGUCCUCGGUUGUAACAGGGACGGCAGCAGUUACCAUUGCUCUAAGCUCCAUCCAGACCCCUUCCUCCGCAGCAUUGCUUUCUGGAUGAUGAAAGACUACACUCGAGCCCUGGACACUUUGCUGGAGCGUAUUCCAAAAGAGGAUGACGAGAACCCCGAUAUGACGGUGAAAUCAUGUAACCCUGUGGUGUUCAGUUUCUAUAACUACUUGAGGACACACCCCCUAAUCAUCCGUCGCCACUUCGCAUCACCAGAGGGCACAGCAACCACUGUGGGACUCACCGCUGAGAGGAGCAGUGCAGAUGAGAUCAACCUCAUAGAGCGCAAACUCUUCUUCACCACUGCCAAUGCACACUUCAAGGUGGGCUGCCCAGUCCUGGCUCUUGAAGUGCUUUCCAAGAUCCCAAAGGUAACCAAGAAAUCUGGCUCCUCCCCCCUCAGUAAAGGUUCAUCCAUGGCCAACAUGAGCUCCAGCAAACCUGUGGAAAAUGGUACCCGGGGAAGCAUGGACUGGGGUGCCCCAGCUUCCCCUACCCAGGCCUGGGAAACCAACAAUAGUGCUGCAGGGCUAGACUGGAGCCAGCCUAUGGUCAAGGUGGAGAACGAGGGGCUGCAGCUUGACUGGGGAGAUGACAAGGAGGAUGAUGAUGAGGAUGAUGAGGGAGGUCUGACUAUGAAAAAAUCAGAAACUGAGUCCAAAGCAGAGGAGGGGUUCAACAGCGGCCACCCUAGGCUACAGAGAGAGGACUCUCAGGGUGAGUCAGAGGUGGACGUAAUAGCAGAACAGCUGAAGUUCCGUGCCUGUCUGAAGAUCCUAAUGACAGAGCUGCGCACAUUGGCCACAGGCUAUGAAGUGGACGGAGGAAAGCUCCGCUUCCAGCUCUACAACUGGUUGGAGAAAGAGAUUGGUGCCAUGCAUAAAAUUUGCAAUUACAAGGUGGAUGGAAAAGAGGAGAGUAAUGAGGGAGAGCGCUGGGGGGAGCGCGGGACAUCUCUGGACAUCUCUGAUGAGGCCCUGGAGCGAACGGAGGCAGGGGCCUACGAGCGUCACCAGAUGGAGCGCCAGCGUCUGCAGGCUAAGCAGCUGCAUUCAGAGAGGCGGAAAGCAUGGUUGAGGAAGAAUCAGGCCCUGCUGAGGGUCUUCCUCUCCUACUGCAGCCUGCACGGCGCCAAAGGAGGAGGAGUCACCUCCGUACGCAUGGAGCUCAUCUUCCUGCUGCAGGAGAGCCAACAGGAGAUUACAGUGAAGCAACUUAAGUCUCCCCUGCCUCUGCCCACCACUCUGCCCCUGCUGUCAGCCAGUAUUGCCCCAACUAAGACGGUCAUAGCCAACCCUGUCCUCCACCUCAGCAACCACAUCCACGACAUCCUCCACACUAUCACCCACAUGGAGGCUCCUCCACACCCUGACGUUAUGGAUGAUCGGGUAAAUGCCUUGCACACUCUGGCAGCAUCUCUGUCUGCCUGCAUCUACCAAGCGUUGUGUGACAGCCACAGUUACAGCUGCCAAGCUGAAGCCAACCAGUUCACAGGGAUGGUUUACCAGGGUCUGUUGCUCAGUGAGAGAAGACGGCUCCGUACAGAGAGUAUUGAGGAGCAUGUCACUCCCACGUCAGCUCCUGCACAGUGGCCAGGUGUGUCAUCCCUGAUCUCCCUGGUGACUUCGGCCAGAGAGGAGGACCAGCCUAGGCUCAACGUGUUGCUGUGUGAGGCGGUGGUGGCCGUUUAUCUGUCCCUGCUCAUCCACGGUCUGGGCAUGCACAGCAGCAACGAGCUGUUCCGCCUAGCAGCACACCCCCUCAACAACCGCAUGUGGGCCGCUAUUUUCGGAGGAGGGGCCAAAGUCAUCAUUAAGCCAAAGAGGCCUGAGGCCCCACCAGCCGUGCCCCUUCAACCCCCAGCUGAGGAUGUGGACCGGCACAGGCGCCGAUUCAACAUGAGAAUGCUGGUUCCCGGGCGCCCUGUCAAAGAGACCCAGGCUGCUCCGCCUCCUUUGCCCAUAGAGAGACCCACCUACAGGGAGAAGUUCAUCCCACCUGAGCUCAGCAUGUGGGACUACUUUGUAGCCAAACCCUUCCUGCCUCUGUCAGACAGCGGUGCUUUGUAUGACUCAGACGAGAGCGGGGCGGAGGACGAUGAGGAUGAUGAUGAUGCCUUCCUCUCUGACACACAGAUAACGGAGCACUCUGACCCCAACUCCUACAGCUGGGCUCUCAUUAGGCUGGUUAUGGUCAAACUUGCUCUACACAACGUUAAGAACUUCCUCCCACUCACUGGUCUCGACUUUACAGACCUGCCGGUGACCUCUCCUCUCUGUAACGCUGUGCUGAAGACUCUGGAGAACUGGGAGCAGCUGCUACUGGAAAGGAUGAACAAUUUUAAUGGCCCCCCUCCCAACUACAUUAACACCUACCCAACUGACCUCAGUGCAGGAGGGGGGCCUGCCUUACUUCGACACAAGGCCAUGCUGGAGCCAGACAACACACCUUUCAAAACCAAGAACCACCUGUCCUUCCCAGCCAGGCGUCUUUGGCAUUUCCUGGUUAAACAGGAGGUCCUUCAGGAGAUUUUGAUCCGUUAUAUUUUCACAAAGAAGAGGAAGCAGUGUGAGUCUGUAGACACCCACUCGGACCAUCUAAGCCCAAACUGCAUUGCAGGAGCUAGCAGUCCUGAUAAGGUGGAGGCUGAUCUGGGCUACCCAGGAGGAAAGGCUAAAAUCAUCCAUAAGGAGUCUGAUAUAAUCAUGGCCUUCGCCAUCAACAAGGCUAACUCCAAUGAGAUAGUAUUAGCGUCCACCCAUGAUGUCCAGGAAGUGGAUGUGUCCACUCUGGUGGCUGCCCAGCCCUUUACAUGGAUAGGAGAGGACUUCGACAAGGAGUCCCGCAGCUCUGAUGAUGCAGACUACCGCUCAUCUCACACCAACAUUGCCCAGGCGAGCUCUGUCCCCUUCGCACAAACGCAAAUGCCGGUCUCUGCCUCCAUGCCUUGGCUGGGCACUGGGCAAACCAGCAUGGGAGCCAGUGUGAUCAUGAAGAGGAACUUAAACAAUGUGAAACGAAUGACAUCCCACCCCAUAUAUCAGUAUUACAUGACAGGGGCUCAGGACGGUAGUGUGAGAAUGUUUGAGUGGAACAGACCUCAGCAGCUCAUUUGCUUCAGACAAGCAGGCAAUGCCAGGGUAACACGACUGUACUUCAACUCCCAAGGCAAUAAGUGUGGUGUCGCCGAUGGAGAAGGUUUCCUCAGUCUCUGGCAGGUCAACCAGACCUCCUCCAACCCCAAACCCUACCUGAGUUGGCAGUGCCACAGUAAGACUUGUGGAGACUUUGCCUUCAUCACCUCUUCUAGUCUCAUCGCCACAGCAGGACAGUCCAAUGACAGCAGGAAUGUGUGUCUGUGGGAUACUCUUAUUGCGCCCAGUAAUACCAUGGUCCAUGCAUUCCCCUGCCAUGAGAAUGGGGCCACUGUGCUGCAGUACGCUCAAAAACAGCAACUUCUGAUCACUGGAGGAAGGAAGGGCUUUGUAUGCGUGUUCGACAUCCGCCAGAGGCAGCUACUCCACACCUUCCAGGCCCACGACUCAGCCAUCAAGGCCCUGGCCCUGGACAGCUUCGAGGACUUCUUCGUCACCGGCUCUGCAGAGGGCAACAUGAAGGUAUGGAAGCUAUCAGGUCAUGGGCUCAUGCACUCCUUUAGCAGUGAGCAUGCCAAGCAGUCCAUCUUCCGCAACAUAGGGGCUGGUGUCAUGCAAGUGGAGACCCGGCCCAUUAAUCGCAUAUUCACCUGCGGGGCAGACGGCACCCUGAAGAUGAGAGUCCUCCCUGACCGCUAUAACAUCCCCAACAGCAUCUUUGAUGUCCUGUAAUGUCUGCUUCAACUUCUGAGGGUCUGACGAGAGGAAGGGUGGGAAAGAGGGAGAGAGGCAGCACUGAGGCAUAUAUAUCUUGCACUAGAUGUUAAUGGGUUUUAAUUGACAAUGAAGAGAGAGGUAGUCAAGAGGUAACCAUGCUUUUUGGCAGCUUUGAGUGUGCACUGUUCCAUGGGUUUACUGCUUAUGUAAAUCAGAUCACCAGUGAUGAAUGGAGCUGCGAACAAUUUUCCCCCCCUUCGCAAAGCCUGAAAGCAAAGAGUUACAAGCAAAAGGUAUCAUACUUGAUUUUAAAGCUAGAUUUAUUGUAAUUUUAUUGAAGAAUCUCUACUUGUAGAGUGUGUCCAUAGGGAAGCUAUGCAUGUCCUGUUCUUGUUACGCGGUGCAAUCACAGGUCUAUUGAUAGUGCUCUGUAAAAGUGCUCAAGCAAAAAUUUUAAAAGUGUGUAACUGUUGUCAUUUUGUGCCCACAGCUGAAAUCUCUUAGCAUCUACUUUAACCAGCACUGUGGUUUGUUAUUAAGUCAGUGGUUUCCAGUGUGAAUCGAGUUAUUGGAAUCUGCAUUUUGUUUCAAUGGUUUUCACACCCCAACCCCACCACCACCCCCACCCCGGCUUCCCUCUACCCUUAUGGAAGGGUUUGAUGGUGCAUUGCUCCUGUAGUGAUCCCUGUUUCACUGGCUGCCCAGACACAUGCUCAGACCUUAACCCAGUAUGGCUUGACCCUGCCUUGGUUUGGUCUUUAACUGUGUGUUCACUCUGCCGUGUUUGCCAUCUGUACGCCUGCCCGCCCACCUGCCCUCAAAUGCCUGUUUGUGUGGCAGGCUCACUGCUAGAACAUUCUUGUUUGGAAGAUGAUGUGUUUUACACCUGUGACUGUGGUUUCAACGUCUCCAUUUGUCUGGUCCAAUCCCAACACCCUCCCACCCUGAGCAGAAACACAAAGGUUCACUUCUGG